AUGACCUCGGACUUUAGCUUCGCUCCGUUCAAUACUACUAGUAAUCACUUCCCCAUUACUACACCCGCAUCUAACCCCCCGCUUGGCCCAUCCACUAGCCACCAACAACAACCAUCCUCCGGCUCCGCCAAACCACUAAAGCCUUCUCCGCCAUCAUUCACAGAGGUCGACUCACUAAGAAGGCAGGCUAAACCAUACCGCCUUGCCAUCGCCGAGUUUCCCAUCAACCUCCUCACCUCUUCGUGGUCUCGCGACAACAACAGACCCCUCAAACGCAAUCAUAUCGCCCACCUUUAUCAGUCUUUCCGCCACGGUAAUCUCACCCGUCGAGCUAAGGAGAACUACAUCCAGGUCACCUGCAGUGCCACCGCCGUCGACAGCAUCAUCAGGACCAUUGCCGAAACAAAUCGUCAUCCCGAUGAUCAUCCUAUACUAUCAUUCAAGCACUGGGCCGGCGUCAACGACGAGAAACCCAAACUCAUGGCCGGCCAACAUCGCAUUGAAGCAUUGCGGGACUACGUAAAGCAAACUAGUUCUAGCACAGACGAUCUAUGGUGGAUCUGCGAGUUUUAUGAUAAGGACACUCUCCCCGUCGAGUUGGACAUCAAGCUCCGCGUCAACCGUCGCGACCUUACCCUGCCCGACAGUCAUGGCCAGAUCUGGUUGCAGCUCGCCUCCGCUUCCGACCGAGAUCCCACCCUUUUCUCCCCUCAGAAAAAUAAGAACAAACAAGCUCUUGAGAAAAGGAUGCUGGAUAUUCUCUGCCUCCGCAGUGAAACCCGCUUUCCCAGCAGCCGACUUGUCACUCUGUGGAGGAAUGAGCGAUGGAGGCCUAUGAUCACCCGCUGGUGCAGAACUCAGAUAGGGAGGGCAACCUUCAAUAUCUCCAUAUGGGAUCGUAUGGCCAGUUACAGAAUCGAUGAUGUGCUCGAAACCCUCAAGACCUUGCCAACCCCUGCCGCCGAAUCCAUUCAAGUCUCAGACUGGGCCAAGUUAGUCACCGGUCUCGGAAACAACACCUAUACCGCCACAGACGUUCGCCAGCUCUUCUACCCAAGAGACAGUAGCGACGGCGAUGAUUCAGCUGCCCCGACCUCUCGCCAGGCCGGCUUCUUCGCCUCGCUUGACAAGAAAAGCUAUUACGACCUUUUCCGCCAUGUCCUUCAACAUCAUCCUGCUCUUCCCUUUCCCGAUGUGCAGUCGCUCCUAAGGAUAAAGAAGGAUGAAGGCGAGAUCAUAAUACGGGUCAUGGACCAUGUCGUGCGCUGGGUCAAUGCCCAACCCACCGAUAUCGUGAAUCGUCAUGAGAACAACAAGCCGCUAAGGCGACAGGAUCUGAUGCCUGCCAUUGAAAGGCUGAUGGCGACCGCAUGCGGGGCCGAUUGGUGGGCUCAGCUGCGAGAGGAGGGCGACGACGUCGCAGCUUGGUUGGAACUGCGCUCCCGAUCUCUGGAAAAGCAGGUCCUGGACUACGUUCGGCGCCACAUGGCCAGGUUCAAGGAUCCUUCGACGAAACACUAUCUUGCCCUGAUGCCGGAAGAACACGACGAUAGCUACGCAGAACGCUUCGCCGCUGACGACCUAUGGGUGGGUCUUUUCCGGGUUGUUCGGGACACUAUUGGAUCGGCAUUCCGCCCAGUGUGGCAGGAUUCGGUGUCAGAUCGCGUCGGCAAUCUUCGCGGCGGAGAUGAGGCUCACCACCCUGACGGCGAGACGCGUCGUGGGCCAGCAUCUGCCAUUACGCGCGCCAUCUGCAGUCAGCUUGUAAACAUACCCGAGGUGGAGGAGAACCCGGCACUCCGUGGUGUGUACGCCUCCACCGAACUUGGCACGUACAUCGAUCAAGCCGUUCUUGCGUGGGCUGCGGACCGGUGUCGCAAAGCAGUGGAAAGCAAUGAGUCUGAUGAUGGAGUCCCUUGGUCGGACGAAGCGUUGCGAAUGAUUCAAAUGGCACACCAAGGCGAAUACUACCUUGAGGACCCCACGAGCCUUGCCGGUGAUUCCUGGAUGUAUGCUGACGAGUUCAUUGCCGAGACGAACGACGAGGCUUUCGACGGGGCGCGUGCUCUUGACCUCCUACAACGUCGAGUUGUCAUCGACUACGGGAGUAAGAAGACAGGAUCGAGGCCGGCGAGCGAAGAAGAUGAAUACUACCCCGUCUUUCGCCUCGACUUUGUCAGCAUCGUCGGCCGGCCACGUCGACCGAUCUGCCGGUCCAGUCAUUUCUUCGACAACAUCACCAUCUCCCUCCGGCACUGGAACGCGCCAUAUAGUGCGAAGCAUGUGCAAGGGAUUCAUUUCGACCUAAGCGGCCGUACCUUUCGCAUCGCCACCGGUGCCACCCGAGAGGCUUGGUUCAUCGUCAUGCACCCGAUCCAGAGGGCUUCUUCCAGAAAUAGUAACCCUCAUCAUCGACGGCAUGAUACGGCAUACACAAGGACUGCCCUCGUGCACGGUCGUGCCCUGUUGCUUGCAUCCUAUAUCAAAGACAUCUUUCUCCGUGGGGAGCUUCUUGGCGAAGGGGUCGAGCUGAGAUGGGCCCUCGGAGGGGCGGAGGCUCAGAUGAUCGCUUUCGACAAAUGGGUCACAUUUCAGACUCGUUUCAUGGAAGGUUGGGAGGAAUUCAUCGAUGGCCUUUCCGUCCGCGGCGGCGAUACUUUCUGGCUCGAUCACCAACCCGCUUUCCAUGCGUAUGACUAUGGGGCAAACAUCAAGAUUGAGGUCAAUGAGGAGAUAGCAAAUCUCGAGCAGGAGACUGUCAUCAGACCAACGCAUCUCCACAGCGAGAUAGAUGAUGAUGAUGAUGAUGAUGAUGAUGAUGAUGAUGAUGAUGAUGAUGACGGUUGGGAAAUACUACGACAAGGACGGGAGCAGCAUGGUGAGGAAGAGGAGGAGGAUGGUGAUGGUGAUGGUGAUCAGUAUCCUCACCCUAACGCCGAGGAGGACAGCCUCUUCCUGCCAGUAGAGGCUCACAGUGCUGCUUCCCUAUCGCCAUCAUCUCAUCUUUUCCGCCCCGACCGCAGUGAGAUGAUGAUGGGUCGUCGACGACUCGAAGAUGAGGUCGGUCAUGACGAGAAGCACGAUCUGCCUGCUGCCGCCGGUGCUGGCCGUAUUAUUAUGACUACGUCGGCUCCGCUCAGUGGCGGCCAUUCCCAUCGCCCCGAGGAUGAAGAAGAGGGAGGGAACGGGGAGGUGUUGGGUGAUGAUGAUGAGCAGGAGGAGAGAUUCAUCAGGUGGAUGAAUGAGUCUGAAGGCGCCGUCAUGACCCAUUCGACCGGCGUCGCGGAGGCACAGCAACAACAGCAAGGAGAGGAAGAGGACGGGCUGACCCAUCAGCAUCGUUCUGAUGGCGAUGAGGAGGAGGAAGAGGAAGACCAUCGGGGGGCCCCAUCAUCACCAAGUGGACAGGGAGAACACGACGCUUUGUACAGCGAUGGAUUAAGGCGGCUUCGCGAGGCCCUCGAGGCAAAGUACAACCUUGACAACAUCAGUCAUGUCUCCUAUGCUCUGGCUGUUGAUGUCCACUGCACCGCGGCAAGCACGCAUCCAGGUGAAGGAAGAGGUCCUGCAGUGUGCCUGCUUGCUGAUCUUAACCGGGUGGCUGGUGAGUUCUACGGAAGUAACUACACCUUCUACCCUCUUGGAUUCCACCCUGCGUACGGGAAUUUCACCUCGGAUCGCCCGCCUGCCUUCUUAGACAGCGACCUAUUCACUGUCAUGAAGGAGAACAUGAGCCACCAGAACCAAGGUGCCGAUGUGCUUUCCUUCGGGUUCUUCCAGGGAUAUUCCAACCUGAAGCGGUCGAUCCGUCACCGGCCCGACGACCUACUGGCGAGCCACGGUCUCGCGACGGCUGCACUCACCAUUCCCUCGACUGAAGCUCAACGUACAGCUCGCCUCCGAGAUAAACAGCAGCGCUUACUAGCUCAGGUGCGAGGGCAGCUUACACCCGAAAACCCUGGUGCCUCGACGCCUUUCGCUCGGGAACGGCAGAGAGUCGAGGCGGCCCUGCAGGCCAACGAGUUUGCCUUCCGGUUCGAGCAAGUGAUUUCCAUCGAUGCUCCACGGCUCGUGCGCCAGCGCCGGAACUUUGACACCGUGCUGCAGCCCAUCUUCCAGCUCAUGCGGCUCUUCCUCAAGGAGAAGCAGCUCUACGCCGGUGUCUUGCGGCGGUUUCCCCCAGAGAUCUUUCCGGGUAUGCUGGUGGCCUUUGCCAAGGUCCUGGAAGCGGCCAUAGCAGAGAUGGAUCGCCGUUUCCGCGAGGGAGGAUCGAAAGGGUUGGGCAUGGCCCUCUCCGAGGGCGUCGCUGCCCUCGAUCGACUGGGCAACUUUUGCUUCACUGGCGACCAAAGAGUGCUACCUACCAAAGUCAUGAGGCUCCUUGGGACGACAGAUAGCCUAAAGACGUGUGGAUGGCCAUUCCUGUCUCCGCGGAUGCUCGACAUCCGGGAGGGACGGGGGCUUGUCAACCUGGUAGCGUGGCCGCAGCUGAACAACGGACGGCCGGUGUUGAUGCAUGUUGCGUCGCUCGAGUACCACUACGAUCGCUCUGUAGCUGCCAACCGACACAGCCAACUAUGGUUCGCCGAGCUGGGGGGCCGAUCGAUAGAUGGGAUGGAUAGAAUGACGACGUUCCUCCACGAGGUAUUCCGAGACUUGUGGGUACCGGAGAUGGUGGCCUUUAUCUGUCGACAAGUUCGUCGCGGUCUUAAUCGUGGCCUUCGCGGUGGCGGCGGUGGACUGCGCAACGACGGCGACAUACACAACAACAGUGCUCAGGCGAUGGUGGCCUUGGGAGCGUGGGAGGAGCGGGAAACCCCAUUCAACUUGUCGAGCUUUAAGAAACUCUCGGCUGAGGUUCUGAAAUUCGAUAAUCGCUCGAUCGAUGAUUCGAAGAUGGUUUUGAAAACUCGACGAGACUUUGCCGAGGAGAUAUAUGUGGCGUUGAUGGAAGGCGGCGGUAAGAAAGGCCGCCCGGGAAUCGAAUCCAUCGCACCGACUCAUUCCACAUGGCCCUCUAUCCUCCGGGCUGCCAUCGAACACACCAGGGGCGGCUUUGCAACAAGGGCGCAGUGGGUCUCGGGCAUCGCAGCUGCGAUGGUGUCCACGAAGAUUGAAUGGGUGCCUGGCUCUCAUCGUCGAAGGCUGACACAUCAGCAAGUGAUACAGCUCGUCGGGGCGGCAACGUCAGCGACUGUGCUCGCAGCUCGGCCGAACAGUCUUAAGCGACGAGCAUUGGAGGCAGAGGCUCGCAUGGCGGCCAGGCCAGUCGACGGCAAGCGAGCGAGAAUACGGCCGCGGAUCGACUUUGGCUAUAAGAUCCCAUUCAAACAGGUACCCGACAUCGUGAACAGGGGCUUCAACGAGCUACGACGGAUAUUCGCCAAAGGAGAUCAGCGUGUGCUAUCUCACUACUGCGUGGCGUACUGUUGUCUGACAGACUGCCUCGAGGAUCCGUUAUGCGAUCUCAUGCUCAUUCUAACCUUGACCAUUACGGCAUCAAGUGCGACUCCAGAGGUUCAGCCCAACACAAAGGUCUUUAGCGUCACGACCAAGCGGAGAGACCCGGCCCUGCUGGCAGCAAAUAUGGUGACGAGAAUGCUCUGGUUCCUGCGGCCAGAAGCAUUCCCGUGGGAGAAAGAUGACGGGCAAGUGUUGCGAGUCUCCGAGAUGACGAAGAAGAUCGAAUACAAGGGAGUCAACAAUUGA